AUGAUUAAAGACGGUCGUGAUGUGUCACAUCAACUGAACUUGACAGACGAGACGUGCGUAAUUAUUGUUAUAAUAUCUUUCACCUCUUUUGAAAUUUGUCGUGUCAAGGAAGAUCUAAGUGGUGGAUCAGUUAGUGAGUGUGUCGUUUCUGCUGUUGUUCCAGGAAACGACGAAAGUUUGCAGAUGGAUGCUGAAGAUAGCCUUCCCAUACCGUCAUUUUCAAUGCAUCAUUCCGCUGGUUUCAGUAAUGCUCCAUUCGUUGCAUCUUCACCUUUUACUUCAAAGUUACGAUCAUUCGAGCAGCGUGAAAUUCAGCCCAAUGAACGCGAUGUUGAUGGCGACUUUUUCUCACAUUUAUUGAUCUUUUACAUAAUUAAGGAAGAUUGGGCAAAAGCGCGCCAGUGCCGUCUCCGCGCUGAAGCAUCGGUAACAAAUAUUCAUCUGAAUACACUCAUGCUUAUUUGUCAUCAUCUAGAGGACGGCAAUACUGGAGCUGCUCUUCGUUUGAUCAAGAAUUCACAUUUUGAUAAUCCGAUUAAAGAUUUGGUAAUGGAAAUACGCAAACGUAUAAUUUCAUCAGUGUUGCGAUUGGUUGAACAUAUGUAUAUUAAUAUUGAAGCAAAGAAACUAGCUGAAAUGCUUGAUGCUGAGUUGAAUAACGAGUUACAGAAGAUUCUGAAUCGAAUAGGUUGGCAGUUGGAGGAUGAUUAUGUGAUACCAAAAAUGACACCUCAAUUAGUGCGUAAAAUUAAAAAACUGGAUGAUUCGCCAUUUGGACCGAUCCCUGCAGCAUUUGAUAAAGUAACAUGUGGAAUGAUCAAAAGCUCUGUUGAUAUUAAUACGCUAAUUCGCUAUGCUACAUUCUUGGAGAUCAACACUUAG